AGCGCCAUGAUAAGGAUUGUCGUUUUGUCGCUGACGUGAGGCGCUUCUUCCCACCCCGCAUCGUCCCUCCGCGGACGCAGGAGGAGAGGAGCCCGGUGAGGGAUGGAUGUGGCCAUGCUGUGCACCAAGAGAACGAAAACUUUGGUGUGGACGUGCGUGAUCCUGAGCGGCAUGACCAACAUCGUGUGUCUCCUCUACGUGGGCUGGAUCACCAACUACGUGUCCAACAGCCCCAAAGUUAAGCGGACACUCAGCGAGGUGGAGACAAAGUUGGAGGAGGACAGCAGAGGAGAGACGCUCAGGAUGAUGGAGAGGCUGGACAGGCUGGAGGAGGUCAUCAACCGGCACAUCAAAGAUGAAGCCCCAAAGCAAAGUGAAGAUGCUGCAUCCUCAUCAUCCGCCUACCCCAGCAUCUCAUUGUUUGAACGCUGGGGUCACGACCUGGGCCCGGAAAGCCGAAGACUUGCCCGGAAGAGGUUUCGCUAUUACGGCUACAACAGCUACCUCAGCGAUCGGAUCUCCAUCGUCCGACCGAUUCCCGAUUUUCGCCCAGACGGCUGUAAAAACGUGUGGUAUUCAUCUGACCUUCCCCAGCUGAGCAUCAUCUUCAUCUUCAUGGAUGAGGCCUUGUCAGUGUUGCUGCGUUCCGUCAACACGGCCAUCCAGAGGACUCCGUCCCACUUACUCAAGGAAAUCAUACUGGUGGACGACCACAGCAACAGCCAGGAACUUGAAGAGCACCUGCAGAGCUUUGUGGACGAGAUGAACGCCCUUCAUGGUCCAGGCUUCAUCAAAGUGGUCCAUCAUGAGAAACAGGAGGGACUGGUCAGGUCCAGAGUGAGUGGCUGGAGGGUUGCUUCCGCCCCUGUGGUUGCUCUGUUUGAUGCGCACGUGGAAUUCAACACCGGAUGGGCAGAACCGCUUCUUCAGCGGAUAAAGGAGGACAGCACACGAGUGGUGUCUCCGUCUUUGGACAGCAUCAAAUACGACACCUUUGAGAUCGAAGAGCAUCCGUUGUCUGCCCAGGGCUUCGAUUGGGAGCUCUGGUGUCGACACCUCAACCCACCAAAAUCCUGGUGGACACAGCGCAACCACACAGCUCCUAUCAGGAGCCCCGCUCUUAUUGGAUGCUUUGUGGUGGACAGGAAGUACUUUGAGGAGAUUGGCCUACUAGAUGAGGGCUUGGAACUCUACGGAGGAGAGAAUGUGGAGCUUGGCAUCAGAGUAUGGCAGUGCGGCGGCAGUGUGGAGGUGCUUCCGUGCUCGAGGAUCGCACACAUGGACAGAGUGUACAAACCUUACGCCGACAACCUGACGGCUGUCGUGCGGCGUAAUGCUCUCAGGGUGGCUGAGGUCUGGAUGGACGAGUACAGGGGUCACGUCUACAUGGCCUGGAACAUUCCACUGCAGAACUCGGAAAUAAAUAUUGGGGACGUCUCAAAGAGAAAGGCCCUGCGAUCCAGACUCAAGUGUCAACCAUUCAGCUGGUUUCUUGCCAACAUCUACCCCGAGCUUCGAUCCUACAGCGACACCAUUGCUUAUGGAGUGUUAAAGAACAGCCUCAGAGAUGACCUGUGUUUGGACCAGGGACCUGACACGGACAACAUUCCCGUCAUGUGCAUCUGUAGUGGUUUGACACCACAGAAUGUGUACUACAGCAGCUCCCAGCAGCUUCACCUGGGGGCGCUGAGUCCAACCAUGGACGACGACGACAAUAAGUGUCUGGUGGACGUGAAUAGCAAACCCAGACUGCUGGAAUGCACGUAUGCCGCUGCCAAGCACAUGAAGCUCACCUGGACCUUCUCUUCGGAUGGCUCCAUCCACAACGCCGAGUCCCGGCGUUGUCUGGAGAUGGUGGAAAGCGGUCAGCCAGAGUUGCAGGUGAGUUCCCAGCUGGCCGUUCGAGACUGCAGCGGGCAAAAGUGGACCAUCACCAACGUCCUUAGCGUCCUGCCCCAGUGAACACCUUUGCUGUGAUGGAGGACCACAAUCUCAGACGCUGCAAAGCAAAAAAAGUAUAACAUCAUGGGAAUAAAGUCACCAUUAGGUGAAGAAAAUCUACAAGAAGAAAGAUGAAAUAGUUGGAAAAUUUAAAAAAAAGAGAAACAGCAGGAAUGAGGAAAAAGAACUGCUGUAAUUUUAGAAGAAAAGAGUCCAAAUAUUAAGGGAAAAAAGUUGCAUUCUCAUACAAAAUAAGUUGCAAAUUUACAAGAAUGAACUGGUCACAUGAUGAGGAAAAGAAAUGUCAUUUUACUCGCAUAGAGUGAAGUAUUUCUUUUUUGAAGUUGUGAUGUUCUGAAAAACAAACAAGGUUGUCACUCCAGGUCCAAAUAUUCAAGAAAAAAAUCUCACGGGAAAAAGUUGUCAUUUUAUUUUAUUUAUAUUUAUUUUAUUUAUUUAUUAAAUUGUAAUUAUUAUUAUUAAUAUUCAUCAUGAGAUACAAACAAAACAAAAUAAAUGAGGAAUAAAGAAAAUUGUCAGUGAAAAAAUACUCAUGUUUAAACAAAUUGUACUUGUUAUUGGCCUAAAUUAGGCAUUUUCAAGCAUAAAAAUGGCCAAAUAAACCAUUGCAAUUGUGGAUGUAGUGUUCUACAUAGGCCACUAGGUGUCAGUAGUAAUUGUUCAGCGAGACAAGUGCCACAUGUGACCACCAGAACAGGUUUAAAUGAUCCCACAACAGGCACACUAAUAACAUCUUCUGUCGGGACAAUCGCCCACCACAAGCUGAAACUCAACUCUGAACCUCCGACGUCACUUCCUGUCCGCCACACAUCUGUCCCCUUGGGAACAGCCGAUAUGAAUAAAAUGCUUUUACACCGAUAUGAGAAGGCUGACAUGCGCUUUUUUCUUGAAACAUGUAGAAAGCCCCGUCCACACGGGAACAUUCUUGGGAUUUUUUUCAAAAGUGGCGUCCACACUGUUAGGAUGAGUAAACCGUCGCCUCCA